UCCGCAUCAAUAGCGUAUCUCGGGGACAGCUUGUACACCAUUUGUAAGGCAGCGCUCUAGCAGCAAUCGAACAAGACAUCGAACAUGAAAAAUAUAUGGGAUUUGACAUGUUCGAUUUGAUAAACAACAAAUCGAACAUGUCAAAUCCCAUACAUUUUUCAUGUUCGAUGUCUUGUUCGAUUGCUGCUAGAGCGCCGGGUAAGCAGUAACGGCGAACUGCUAUAGUUCCGUCUCUUUCGCUCUCCUCGGCUGGACAUUACUCGUUUUAGUUAAACUCGACUGGACGUUACUUCCUCUUUCUUCCCAUUUUCUGUGCGGCACGCCACCUAACAAGCUCCUGGGCGCCAUUUUUUGUGUAGCUUCUGUGUGCGGUGUCUAGUGACGCUAAACUUUCCCUAAGUGAUUUACGCAUUUUUUUUUUGUGCAGUGAUUAAUCAAACGUUUGUGUAAUGGAUUCCAUACCGAAUCAAUCGAACCGUACGAGUAAUGACGAGACGCCAUUACUGCAGUCUUCUGGUAAUGCUGUGGAUGAAGUGCGCCAGCUGCCGGCACAAGAAAAGCCACAUCUGAUGGCAGUGAACAAUGUGCAACAGCAAGUGCCCGGACAUCCGAUGCCAUUGUCCCAUAUCGGGUCAGAUUUGCCGCAAAGGCAGCAGCAACAGGUGAAGAUAGCUGACCUUUCCGAGCUCGCUGAUUCUACCCCGAAUACAGGGCUUCCGGGAGGAAAGCAACCGAAUCCGUUCGGUGCAAUCGGUACUCCCUGUCCGCCGCAGCAGCGCCAUCUACCGAGACCGUGGCAGUUUGUCAAGAUGGACGUGGUUCUUCAAUUGCCCAACGGGACCCAUACACAGGUUACUGUUUUGCCGCUGCAACAAGUGUCUGACGUUUAUAUAAUGUAUGCGAAUUGCCAUAUCAACCUUUCCAACCAAAUGCCGCCGCCACAACAGCAGCACUACCAUCAACAGAUGCAUCAACUGGCGCAGCUGCAUCAACACUAUCAACAGCAACAUCAGCAGCAAAUGCCGCAGCCGCAACAGCAACAUCAGCAGCAAAUGCCGCAGCCGCAACAGCAACAUCAGCAGCAAAUGCCGCAGCCGCAACAGCAACACUGCCAUCAACAGCAACAUCAACUGCAAAUGCCGCAGGAGCAACAGCAACAUCAGCAGCAAAUGCCGCAACAGCAACAUCAGCUGCAAAUGCCGCAACCGCAACAGCAACACUGCCAUCAACAGCAAAAUCAGCUGCAAAUGCCGCAGGAGCAACAGCAACAUCAGCAGCAAAUGCCGCAGGAGCAGCAGCAACAUCAGCAGCAAAUGCCGCAACCGCAACAGCAACAUCAGCAGCAAAUGCCGCAGCAGCAACAGCAGUGCUACAAUCAACAGCAACAGCAGCACUACAUUAAACUGCAAUAUCACCAGCAAAUGCCACAGCCACAACAGCAACAUCAGCAGCAAAAGCCGCAACCGCAGCCGCAACAGCAAAUGCAGCAAAUGCCGCAGCCACAACAGCAACAUCAGCAGCCACUGCCGCAGCAGCACCAUCAUCAACAGCAAUACCAGCAGCCACUGUCGCAACAGCAGCACUACAUUCAACUGCAACAUCAGCAGAAAAUGCUGCAGCAACAAAACCAGAAACACCAGCAGCCACUGCCGCAGCAGCACUCCAUUCAACAGCAUCACCAGCAGCCACUGCCGCAGCACCACCACCAUCAAGAGCAACACCAGCAGCUACUGCCGCAACAGCAGCCACUGCCGCAACAACAGCCACUGCCGCAACAGCAGCCACUGCCGCAACAGCAGCCACUGCCGCAACAGCAGCACUACCAUCAACAGCAACACCAGCAGCAAAUAGACCAAAGGAAGCCAAAACUACAACUAAAUGAUUCAGGGCAGUGGUGCACAUCGAGUGCUUGUCGUGGAUGGCCGCCCGUGCGUGUAAUCCUUAACAACAAUGGUCAAUCAAUGUCAAUGGCGUUUAAUUGUUCAUUACCAUGAAAUCCUACUGAUGAUGGUGAAGUUCGCUGCUGCACUUAAACUAAUUUUCUUUAUUUUGAGCUAGUUUGUUUUGUACUUUUACCGUCUUAUUUUUAUCUCUGAUGCUUAUACCUAACUAUUUAUGUAACGUUUAUGUUACAUUUGCUUGAACUUUCUGCACCAUUAAUUACUAACAUUAUCGUUCAACAUGCGCAACAUACAAAUUCACUCAGCGGUGUAAUUCAAUAGAGGAUGCUGAUCCGAGAGCGACUGCUGAUUCCCGCAUAUUUGGCAAACUAUAAACCAUUUGGCAAGUGUCUUAGCGUAAAGGCACCAUUGAUUGUAAUACUUCACUAAAACGAUUGCAAAUUAAUGUAAAUGAACUCGAAAUCAAUAAACACAGGUUUGCACAUUACAUCGCUCAGUUUCAUUACUCGUAGGAAG